AUGAGCAAACUAACAAUACAUCUCCCACUCUUCAUUCUCAUCCAUAAAAGAAAAAAAAAAAAAAAAGGAAUGGCUCUCAAAAAAAUAUCCUCAGUUUUUCUCAUCUUCAUCUUUGGUUUCUACUCUGAAACUGCCAAGUCGCAGUACUGCGGCUGUUCUCCAAUCCUCUGCUGCAGUAAGUUUGGGUAUUGUGGCGUCACGGAAGAUUAUUGUGGCUCCGGUUGCAUAUCAGGUCCUUGCCGAAAUAUUAGUGAGCCGGUUGAGCCGGUUGACAGUAUUGUGACACAAAAAUUCUUUAACGGAAUUAUUAGCCAAGCAAGUAAUGGCUGCGCCGGGAAAAAAAUUUACACCCGUGACUCUUUCCUUAAGGCCGCUCAUACUAACUUGGAGUUCAGUAUGUCUGUUACCAGGCGUGAGAUUGCAGCCAUGUUUGCUCAUUUCACCUACGAGACCCAACAUUUCUGCAACAUAGAGGAGGUUAACGGAAGUUCAUAUGACUACUGCGACGAGAACGACAUGCAAUAUCCAUGUGCACAUGGAAAGAAAUACUAUGGUCGUGGUCCGAUGCAACUAUCAUGGAAUUACAACUACGGAUCAUGUGGCCAGAGUCUCGGACUUGACCUCUUACGCGAGCCUGAGCUAGUGGGUAGCAACCCAACUGUGGCUUUCAGGACAAGUAUGUGGUUUUGGAUGAACAGCGUAAGGCCCGUACUGAACCAAGGAUUUGGAGCCACCAUUAAAGCCAUCAAUAAUAAUCUGGAGUGGCGCGAUGGGAAUUAAACUGCGGUCAUUGCAAGGGUUGAGUACUAUACAAACUAUUGUAAACAGCUUGGUGUAGACCCUGGCAGCAUUGAUCUUCCCAAUCGCGGCGGCGGCACCGUCUUCACUCUAAAGAACAAUUGCUCUGACACCGUCUGGGCCGGAACAUUGGCCGGCAAUGGACCCCAGCUCGGCGGUGGCGGAUUUGAAUUGACCAAAGGCGCUUCCAAAAAGCUCUUGGCUCCUGCGGGAUGGUCAGGUCGGUUCUGGGCUCGUACGGGAUGCAAUUUUGACGCCUCCGGAAAGGGUAGAUGCGUCACCGGAGACUGCGGCGGUCUAAAAUGUAACGGCACUGGAGUUCCUCCAGUCACUCUUGCUGAAUUCACCAUCGUUGGCCAUGGCGGCAAUGAUUUCUACGACGUGAGCCUCGUCGACGGUUACAAUGUCAAGGUGGGGAUAAGACCUUCCGGAGGAUCUGGAGAUUGUAAGUACGCAGGCUGCAUCGCCGACCUCAACGCGAACUGCCCUAACGAGCUUC